GAGGUGAGUUGAGGGGAGGAGAGUGAAUCUGCAAGACUCGGCUCACCACGCCUCAGUACGGUGAGUUCGUCAGCCAUAUUGACUACCUCCUCUGCUGUCGUGGGAAACGGGCGGAGGAACUACACUGGCCGUGAAGCCUUCGUACCGCCACAGUGCAUUCUAGUGCGCUCCGCGUCUGGUAAACAGCGCAGAGGGGUCGGACGGGAAGGGGAAAAGCUUUAUUUUUACCCGCCGUGGAUAUAUAAAGCAGCGCUGCCGGCUGGAGGAGGUGACAGAGCGGCGCAUCCUCAGAGGAGCCGGCUGGCGUUAGAGGCGGUGGUGCCCCAGAUAGCAGCGAGAAAACGGAGGACGACUUCUUUCUGUUUAAUCAGCGACAGGGAUCAGGAGGAGAGGGAAAGAUGCCCAAACCGGUCAAUGUACGCGUCACCACCAUGGACGCUGAGCUGGAGUUUGCCAUCCAGCCGAACACAACAGGAAAACAGCUCUUUGACCAGGUGGUGAAGACUGUGGGUUUGAGGGAGGUCUGGUUCUUCGGCCUGCAGUACACAGAUGGCAAAGGCUACGUGACGUGGCUCAAACUCAACAAAAAGGUGACCCAGCAAGAUGUGAAAAAGGAGAAUCCUCUGCAGUUCAAGUUUAGAGCAAAGUUCUUCCCAGAAGAUGUUUCUGAGGAGCUCAUCCAGGAGAUCACACAGAAACUCUUCUUCCUUCAGGUGAAAGAGGCCAUUUUGAAUGAUGAGAACUACUGUCCUCCAGAAACGGCUGUCCUGCUGGCUUCCUAUGCUGUUCAAGCCAAGUAUGGAGAUUACAGCAAAGACAUCCAUAAGCCUGGCUACUUGGCAAACGACCGGCUGCUGCCACAGAGAGUUUUGGAACAACACAAGUUAACAAAGGAGCAGUGGGAGGACAGAAUACAGACGUGGCAUGAGGAGCACAGAGGAAUGCUCAGGGAGGACGCAAUGAUGGAGUACCUGAAGAUUGCUCAGGACCUGGAGAUGUACGGCGUCAACUACUUUGAAAUCAAAAACAAGAAGGGCACAGAGCUUUGGCUGGGCGUUGACGCUUUGGGGCUCAACAUUUAUGAGCAUGAAGACAAAUUGUCACCAAAGAUCGGCUUCCCUUGGAGCGAGAUUAGAAACAUUUCCUUCAACGACAAGAAGUUUGUGAUUAAACCCAUUGACAAGAAAGCUCCAGACUUUGUGUUCUAUGCACCUCGAUUGAGGAUCAACAAGCGCAUUCUGGCGUUAUGUAUGGGAAACCACGAGUUGUACAUGAGAAGAAGGAAGCCAGACACCAUCGAGGUGCAGCAGAUGAAGGCUCAGGCAAGGGAGGAGAAGCACCACAAACAGAUGGAUAGGGCACAGCUUGAGAAUGAGAAGAAAAAGCGUGAGCUGGCAGAGAAAGAGAAGGAGCGAAUAGAAAGAGAAAAGGCUGAGCUGAUUGAGAGGCUGAGACAGAUUGAAGAGCAGACACAAAGGGCCCAGAAAGAGCUGGAGGAGCAGACUCGCCGGGCCCUUGAGUUGGAGCAGGAACGAAAACGAGCAAAGGAAGAAGCCGAGCGGCUGGAGAGGGAGAGGCAGGCGGCGGAGGACGCCAAGGCAGCUCUGGCUCAGCAGGCAGCCGACCAAAUGAAGACGCAGGAACAACUGGCUGCUGAGCUAGCAGAGUUCACUGCCAAAAUCGCUCUGCUUGAGGAGGCAAAACGGAAAAAAGAGGAGGAAGCAUCAGAGUGGCAACACAAAGCCAUUUCAGUACAGGAAGACCUGGAGAAGACGAGGGAAGAGCUAAAGACAGCCAUAACCUCUCCUACAGCACCUGAACACGACGAGCAAGAUGAAACAAAUGAAGAGGCAAGUGCCGAGCUGCUCAGCGACGGCGUCAGUAGCCACCGUAGCGAAGAGGAACGCAUCACCGAGGCACAGAAGAAUGAACGUGUGAAGAAGCAGCUGCAGGCUCUGAGCUCAGAGUUGGCUGAGGCUCGGGAUGAUACCAAGAAAACUCAGAAUGACAUGUUGCAUGCUGAGAACGUCAGGGCCGGUAGAGACAAGUACAAAACCCUGCGCCAGAUCCGCCAAGGCAACACCAAGCAGCGCAUUGAUGAGUUCGAGUCAAUGUGAAGCAGCAAGAACAGUGGACAGAUAAAAGCUCAAAAGAGAAUGCUGGUCUCAUUGCCAUGUCAACGCCUCACUUUACUUGUAAAAAAACCCCAAAACCUGCUUUCCAAUGCAGGACCUUUUGCUUUUUUCUGCCCAGGAGGAAGAGCAGCUGUGAGGCUUUGCAAGUUCAGCCUCAUUAAAGUUUUGCCUGCAAGCAGCUGGCUUAUUGCACUCCUUUCUGCUACUAGGGCUCCACCCCCGACCUAACAAAGCAUAUUUUUUUUAAAUUGAGCUGAAAAAAUGCAGAUGUCAGCAGAUGUCCUCCCCUUGUACAUCUCUGGUUAUUUUAAUGCUAGCAUGUGUUGUAACUAAAUACGUACAAGACCCCCUGAUAAAACUUGAGACUGGACUGAAAUAGAUGUGCUUUUACUAAACAUAAUCAAACAAAAAGGCCAUUUGUAGCGGUAGCUCGCUGAUGAUGGUGGUAUGCUUUAAUAUAUGUACUUCUUUUGUCUUGAACAUAACUUGUAUUUCUUUAUUUUUUUCAUCGCCUUAUUCGACUAUUUCUUUUCCAUUUAGAUUCUGUAUUUUUGGAACAUAUAUUAUCUGUUAUUGUCACAUUAAUGUAUUUGUGAAAUAUCAGUUUGCAAAGGUCAUCAAUAUGCAAACCAGAUCUGAUUAUUUUACAUUCUGUCAUUUCUCUCUGUCAUUGAGACAUUUGUUCAAAUAUUAUUGUAUUUUCCCCCAUAAUAAAGAAGACUUUAUAUUUCCAAAUAUGCAUCAAGAGUAUGGUCCUAAAAUUAAGUUGGAGCAGAUUUCUUUUUUUUUUUUGGGAGGGUUGGUCAAAGCAUGACAUGGCAGAAACACAUGUUCUGAUGUGCAUUGUUGAUAAAAACUGAAAGAAUUAAGCCUGAAUUUGCUGCUUUAAGCCAGUUUGUUGUUUAUGUUAUCUAUUAAUAAUUUACUUAUUGUUUAAAUAUGACAGCUUUGGUACAUUGUGAUCUUUUUUUAAUAAAGUGGGAAAGUAUUUAAUGGUUA